CUCUAACCUGUUCCUCUCACUGGGAAGACUCGGCUGACCAAAGGUGCUUAUCAACCACGCUGUUUCCGCUGAUAUCUGCCCAUCUGCCUCCCAAGCGAUGCUGAUCCUAUCCUGUUCCUCCAAGUUGCGGCUGCUGGAGGGGAUACUGCGGAAGAACCUUCCCCGGACUCUUCCGGUCCAUGGGGCAGUAAUGAACAUAAACCGUGGGAAUCCAGCUGGUCAUGAGGUGAUUGUGGAUUCCUGGCCAGAGUUCAAAGCUGUCCUCACCCGGCCUCACAGAGAGGUUGCCUCAGAUGACUUGGAUAUAUAUGUCAACAUGUAUGCAGCCUUCUACUGGGAUCUUGAUGUGUAUCGGACACUGUUGCAGGACAAGGACGUUGUCAACUGGACCCAAAACUUCCGUAUCCAUGGUAACCAGGAUGGGAUAUUGGAGGCCUCCCGAGAGGCCGCUGUUGUCAAGAAAGUGCAGUUUUCAGCAGAUUCCUUCAUCACCUACACGUGUCCUGAUCCAAACAAAUACUCUGAAUAUCGGCUGGAUCCUGGCUUCACACUCUCCUCCUUGAAUAGCUCCCAUGUUGAUCUGCUGAAUGAAACGUGGCACUAUGGGGGCAAUGAACAAAGCCACAGGUACCUGGCCAGCCUGGUGAGGCACUUCCCCAACACCUGCAUGCUGGAUGCCAAUGGUGUCCCAGUCAGCUGGGGCCUGAUGGAUUCUUUUGGUGCAAUGGCACAUGGCUACACCCUUCCACCACACCGUCGCAAGGGCUAUUUAUCUGUGGUGGCAAAAGCACUAGCCAUUCAAGCCCAUGCAGCUGGCUACCCUGUGUAUGGCAAUGUUGCCCUAGAUAAUAUCCGCAUGCUCAGCUUGCAGGAAAAACUGGGCUAUCAGAAGGUAUCAGAGUUGUGUGUCAUUUCUGCUUUCACUUUGUAAAAGAAGAGAGUAUCAAAGUUUUACCAUGGGCCUUCAAGCAGGCACCCAGCUCCAUCUCUCUUGGACUCCAGCAACAGCCAACCAGCCUUCAUGAAACAAAGUGAAAGGGAGACCCUUCCAUUGGCCUGGGCUGACAGUUAUUCAUCCUGUCUUUCCCUGAACAAUUGUCCUUCCCUUUGACUCUUCUUUCCUUUCCUCCCUGUUGUGUCUUGUCUAUCUAUAGACUGUAAACCUGAAGACAGUGUCUGAUAUCCAGUCUAAGUUAAAUAUAGCCCUAUCAAAAUUAAAUAGCCCUUUAGAGUAACCC